CUUCUACGGAGUAGUUACUUCGACGACCUCGGGAUUCUAUAAGGUGGUCUUCCAGUAUACAGAUUUAUGUUAUUGUCCACUGUCGAUUUGCUACCACAUCCCCACCUCCUGGGCAGACUGAACUUCUAGAUGAUAAUUGGAAUGCAAUCAAGGGCGCUUUCAUUGAGGUUGACCAAUCAUUUGCUAUGCCUCACUCCAAGUUCUUAAACGUGAUAUAAACCUUUCGAGAAUUCCAAAGUUUUGUUUUCCAUGCACUAUAAUAAUUUACUUUGCCGGAACCAAUGACCUACUACUAAAGAGCAAUAGGCGCGUAUUUAGAUCAUAUUAUCGGCUGUUAUUGUUCAGGUAUGAGGUCCAGUACGCUGUCUAUGGCUGUGCGCAACACCACCUAGCACAAUAUACAGCAGCUUCACAGUUAUUGUCGAAAACAAGCAGCAUGGGCAACUUCAGUGGAAUCUAAUGACAACUACUUGGAUAAUAUCGAGGCGCACAGUGCCAUUGAGGAACAUCUCACACUUUUGCAUUAUCUCCAAGUCCAUGUCUAUUACUGGUACUCAUCCAGGCAAAGAUCAGCCAGCCCUUCACUACAUUUCAUCGGUGGACGCGGAGCCACUUCGUCGCUAUCAACCAGGCGGUUACCACCCGGUCAUAUUGGGAGAAUGUCUGAAAGCCGGAAGGUAUAAGGUGCUGCAUAAAUUUGGAUGGGGAGGCUUCUCGACUGUUUGGGCAGCUAGAGAUCAAAGAGACGAAACCUAUGUUGCCAUCAAGAUUUCUGUGGCUGAGAGGGAUCAUGAUGCAGAGACAAGAGAGCUCCAAAUUAUGAAGCAGUUGUCAACACUGCACCCAUGUCUGAAAUAUGUGAUGCGAAUGCUGGAUGACUUUAGCCUAAAAGGCCCGAAUGGGUCCCAUCAAUGCUUGGUUUAUGAGCCUCUGGGGCCUAAUAUCCCAGACACAAUCACUGCGCACUUCCCCAGCGGGAGGCUUCCUGGAAAGGUUGCCAAGGUUAUUGCAAAGCAAUGUCUGAUUGGGUUGGAUGGUUUGCAUCAACAGAAUAUUGGACAUGGAGAUCUGCAUACCCGCAAUCUUGCCUUCACGAUACCUGACACGACGAAUUUACCCGAAGAGAAGUUCGUAGAGAUGUUAGGAGAACCAGAGGUUGGUCGUGUGGAAAGGCGCGAUGGGAAAGAACUAGAACCUGGUGUGCCCGAGUAUAUCGUCAGGCCUAGCCUACAUCUGACGCGUCUGUGGAAUUCAACUCCUAUAGUCAAGAUAGUUGACUUUGGAGAAUCAUUUUUACCUACUACGGUUCCUCAGACACUUCAUACCCCUUUAUCCGUUCGGGCACCUGAAGUUAUAUUUCAGGAUUGUAUUGAUUAUCGGGUUGACUUGUGGAGCAUGGGCUGCAUGGUGGGUAGAGGCACUCCUCCAAGACUAUGUAAAUUAUACGCAACAGGUGAACUGACAGGUAGUAACCGGGCGGGGUAUGGCAGCUCUUUGAACUUUUCACAGGCCAACCGCCCUUCGAUACCUUCAUGACAACGCCCACGAUUCUUGUGGGCCAAAUGCGAGAGAUGGCAAGUGACGAUCUACCUGAAUGGUGGCGGGGAAUCUGGGAUAUGAUGAAAACGCGAAACGGUAUGGCCGUAGAAGACGCCGGGUCCAACUUGCAGGACUGGUUGGAAGAAGUAUACUUUGAUGACACAAAGAGUGCCGACCUUACAAGAGAGGAUAUAGCGAAGCUGGGAGAGAUUAUUGGAAGAUUGUUGUAUUUUGAGCCGUCGGCAAGAGCAUCUGCAAGAGAAGUUCUAAAUGACCCUUGGUUUAAUGAGGAGUUAGCAUACAACAAAGAGUCAUUUACGUCGUGAGGGUGCAGGGGAAUAGUGUAGUCAUAGCAAGUAGUGGAAUGUCCCGGCAAGAUGGGGAUGACGUUGUGGUGUAUGUAACCUUGUAUAUCUUCUUAUAGAAGUCUUCCACCUGGGCAUAAUCUGCAAUCAAGCUAGCUCUCUUCCACCUGCUAUUCUAUUGAGCUGAUGGAGCAAGCUAAGUUUCGGGAGAAUAUCGCUGUUCAGCCAGGCCAUCUGGAAACCUAGUACCCUCCUCACAGACUAUCCCUGGCUGAAACCCGUAUAAUAAAUCAAAGAAUUAAUACUUCCCACUAC